AUUGUAUUUUAACUUUAACACAUUUGCGGAAUGUUUACUUUAUAGUGUUUAGUGUAGCGUGCCGGGUGGAUUAUAAUUUAGCAUUUAUUUAGAAAUUAAUUUAUUUUGACCCCAGUGUUAGUGAUAAGUACGGGAAACAAUGCUGAAGGAAGCUGGCUUUAAGUCAACGAAAACAUACUCAAAAAACGCAGAGUUAGCAAAGAGAAACAAACGCAAUGUAAAAAGAACGCGUGCCUCAGCUCAGUUGAGACGAAAUGCAUUGAUAACUAGAUUGAAUGAGUCGAUCUUUGACUCAGAAGAUAGCCUUCGGGACGACUAUUGGAUGGAUCCUUUCGAUAAGAUAGCUCAAGGGAAAACACCAUUGCGCCGGCAGAACCUACUACUGAAAGAAGUAUGUGCGGAUAUGAACAAAGAUAGCAGCAUUGAAUGCUCACCUCUGCCCUUGUCACCGUUUAUUGCGACAGCAGGCUGCCUGCAAGAGUCUCUACUUUCACCUUCAUUUUCAUCUACUCCUGCUUGCGUGAAUCGCCAAAGCAGCCGGCAUGGGACACAUAGUCACAGUAGUUCUGAAAUUGCUUCAGAAUCGGGAAGAAAUUCUCUACCUGGUCUGACCUCUUUUGGCCAUAACGAGUCCGGCUCGCCACAUUCAAUAGUAAGACGAAAGUAUUUUAAAGACCUAACAGUGAGUGAAUCUGACCGACCGGUUCUGCACUGCAACAAGUCAAAACUGUCUAGCAGUGAGAGAAGUUCAGCCUUUCGCCGGCGGAAGGGAUCACAAGCAAUGCCUGGCUUUUCGCAAUCCCCGUGGGCCUCGCAAGAUCAGCUUUCUGAAAAGGAGAACUGCCCAGAAGAGUCUUCGUGGUCUUCCUCUGGAGAUAAGCGUCCGAGAAGGUUGAGUUAUCCAAGCCAAGAAUCGGUUGAGUAUUCCAUUCAAAAUUCUGUAGAGGAUUGCAUGCAUUCUCCAGCUACUGUGAAUCGGAGUCCGUUGGCUUUUGAAGAAAGUCAUGAGAGACAUUGUAUUCGGGAUCACGUAGAGGAUUCAAGUCGAAUUCCGAUAUUCAACGCACUCCAUCACUCAGAUGAGAACUUGUUGCAGAACCACGUCAAGAGUUCAAUUCAAGAUUCCUUUGGGAAUUAUGUUGAGAAUUUGGUUCAAAAUCCACUCAUUCAUCAAAGUGUGGAAGCAUCUAAUAAAAAUUCAGUGGUGGAAACUUCUCAACAAGAGGUUUGCCAACCUCACAAUAUAUCAGAGAAACCCGUGGAUAGUUCGAUAGGAAGUGUGCGAAACGGUCGAUUAACGCGAUCUCUACGGCCCAAACGUCUGAAAGGCAAUGCUCAGGGAAAGUUGAGAGGUCAAGUAAUUACAAAAUCUACAAAGGAGCAGAAAAAUUCUAGUCAUUUACUUCGGUCAGAAGAAGAGGAGCAAAGUGGUUCACUAUCAGAAAACUCUGAUUUAUUAUCAAGGAUUGGGGGCAUGGCAGUGGAGGGUGAUGUGCUUGCUGAGAAUGCCGAUAUUUGCGGUCACAGUCAAACAACGUCGUCAAGUAGUCACGAACGAUUAGCGCUUCCACUCUCUGACCGCCCAGCUUCAAGGAUUGAAAAUAUUUCUGAUGCAAACAUCUUAAAUUCUAAAGACAAUUCUUCCGGGAAUAUUCCUGUUCAUGAAGAGGUCAGUGGAGUUUCCAAUGAAAAGCUGCCGAAAAAUAAACGACCGAAAAAAAUGAGACAACUACGGCCGAAGCUUUCGAGGCUUAAGGAUACAAAUUUUAAGGGAGGAACGUCUGCCUCAGUAAUGAAAGAAAAAAGCAGAAAAACACCAAAGAAGGGUAAUUUUGAAUCAUCACGAUUGAGGGUUUCUAUGGAAGUGCAAACUGAGCAAGUUAGUGAGUACCCGAACUCAAGACUUGAAAAUGUUUCUGGCGGUAAUAUUUCGAAUUCCAAAGACAACUCUUCGGAGAAUGUUCCAUCGUCUUCUCAUGAAGAAGCCGAAAAUAAAGGAACGAGGAAAAUGAGACAAUUACGACCGAAGAUUCCAAGGCUUAAGGAUGCUAAUUUCAAGGCAAGAAUGUCUGCCUCGCUGAUAAAGAGGAUAGGAAGAAACACCCCAAAAAAGACUCAGUCAAAGUCAUCCAAACUGAGAGUCUCUUUGGAAGGGCAAAAUCAAAAAGAUAGUCGCGAAUGUUCAAACCCAAAUUAUGAAGGUAUUUCUGAUGCUACCACUACGAAUUCAAAUGACAACUCUUUGGAGAACAUAGCAUGUUCUGCUUCUGAGAAAGUGAUUGAAUCGUCAAUUUCACAGUCGCCAACAAAUAAACAAACUAAAAAAACUAGGCAGCUACGACCGAAAAUUUCGAGGCUGAAAGAUAUUAACUUUAAGGUGGGAAAAUCCCCUUCGUUGACGACAGGCAGAAACACACCUAAGAAGAGUCAUUCGAAGCCGACCAGACUAAAAGCCUCUAUGGACGCUCAAAAUGAAGAAGAAAGUCUGCGACGAGAAAAAACUCCCGCGGUUCGGAAAAAGUAUUUUUUGCGAUCCGCCCGAAACGGAGCAGAAAGUGAACCGGAAUCGACUUUGGUUACAGAAGCAAAGUCAAAGAAACAGGGCCAAACCCAAGAAACCGAAUCAAUUUCGGAGAUAUGCAAUGAAACUUCCGAGAAGAUACUUUCAACCAUAACGUCCGUAGACAGUAGAGAACUGAGCAAUCUAACGAUUAUUACAGAAGAUCGAACAAGCAUCUUAGCUGACAUCACAGCGAGUGAAACACUUAAACAAGCUCGAACUCUGGACGAUUCAAUCAAUCGCACCGAUUUCUUGAAUGCCAUUAAUCAAAAUGCAACACAAUUCAUAAACAAAACUCACAAUAACACAACACAACUCAGUAUAACACAAAUAAUGAACAAAACAACGGGAACAGUCAACACAUCGAAUGGAAAUACGUCCAACUCAUUGAUGGCAUCAUCGGUUAGUUGCAUUGAAGGUGUAAAAACAUUGUCAGGAGAUGCAUUGCUUGAAAUUAAUGAACUUGAAGAUAAUUCAGCUGAAGUGAGUAUUGUACUGGCGCCGGGAAAAUGGAGGAAGUCAUUGAAUGCAUGGAAGAAGGCGAAUACUUCGGUUUUGGCUAAAACAUUAUCAAUCGUUGGAACGGAUAACAUUGAAAGGAGCAUAAACAACAGCAAUCAGUCGACGACGAGCAGUUUAUCGACCAGACAACAACCAAAAAAUCAUCAAAAUUCGCCAACAACGAAUACAUCAUAUAUGUUAUUGUCGUCCCGUCGUAACUUAGGAAAGAACAACACAUUUUGUUCGAAUGUGCUCAAUAAAAGUGUGAGAAAUCAAUUCAAUAGGAUUCCCAGAUGCAUUCCUGACAAAGAAAAAUCAGACUACUAUAUUUCUGAGCUGCCAGAAUCAAUUCUCGAGAGAAGCUUUGGACCAGAAGAUAGCAGUAAACAAAAAGAUAAAAACGUACUGUUAUUGGAGCCAACCGAUGACGGAACGCCUAAUCUGCAAUCGAUUUCGCUACUCGAAUCAGCAGUCGAAAGAAACCUUCAUAUCUCCUCUCGAUCUCCGCAAAAGAGCGUUGCACCUUCAACAACAAAUUCUAAAAUUGUUGUUGAUAUCAUCGAUACAAGCUAUCAGCGACGCAUCUUUAAUGAGCCAGAAGAUUCUAAUGAAUGUCAUCGACCAAUCUAUCAGCAUCAGGUGUCAGUGCCCCAAUUUCGGCAACCACCACUACCCCGACGACGUCGUACCAGCCUUAUUGAACGGUGUACGGAACAUCCGAUCCCGAUACCAACAAGUGGUGGACGACAACAGCAUCAACGGCAUUGCAACAUCACCGGAGACGACGUUGAUAACGUCGAUCUUCAUCUCACCAAUUUUAUACAUGUCCCAUAUGAAAGAGGGAUUAGAUCAACAUCAUUAAAUGCACGAGAUCGUGUCUUACGCCGAUGUAAUCAAUCAGAACCGUUAGAUUUCUCUAUUGUCUACUCAGAGAAUGUAUUGCGACAUUGUCGUAAAAUUGGUGAAGGAGUCUAUGGUGAAGUUUUUAUGAAUAAAACUGUUCGUGGUGAAGCUGUCGUGCUAAAAAUAAUCCCGAUCGAAGGUUCAAUCGAAGUCAAUGGCGAACCACAAAAGAAAUUCGAUGAAAUUCUAUCGGAGAUUGUUAUUGCUAUGGAAUUAAGUAGUUUACGUGAUGACAGACAAUUUAUGACUGGUGGUUUUGUCGAAGUGAGAAAGGUUUGUUGCGUGCAAGGACGUUAUCCUGAUCAUUUAAUUGAUUUAUGGGAACUAUACCGUGAUAAUUGCGGAACGGAAAACGAUCAUCCUGAAAUAUUCCCGGAUGAUCAAUUGUAUUUGAUAUUCGAAUUAGCAAACGGUGGACAAGAUUUGGAAGCAUUUACAUUUCAAAACGCCCUACAAUCUUACUCUGCAUUCAUCCAGACUGCACUCACCCUGGCCGUUGCAGAACAGAAAUUCCAAUUCGAACAUCGCGAUUUACAUUGGGGCAAUAUCUUGCUUGCACCGACCGAUGACACCGAGAUCAUUUUCCGGCUGAACGGCGAGGAAAUCAAGAUCCCGUCGCAUGGUGUCAAAGUCACAAUCAUUGAUUAUACAUUGUCGCGUAUGGUUUAUGAUGAUUGCUGUUUAUACAACGAUUUGUCAACUGAUGUCGAGCUGUUUUUGGCCACAGGAGACUAUCAAUUCGACAUUUAUCGUUUCAUGAAGCAACACUUGAAGAACAAAUGGGAAUCAUUUGAGCCAUACACAAAUAUUCUAUGGCUACACUACACGAUCGAUAAAAUGAUUAGUGGCGCCCGAUAUCGUUGCAGUAAGAGCAAAAAACAUCGUUCAGCUAUUCAAGAUAUGAUGCGAUUGCGUGAUGAACUUUUAGAUUACAAAAGUGCCUCCGACUAUGUUGAAUGUUUAAAAUAAAAUUAUAACACUAACUUAACAUAAAUAUAUGUAAACGAACAAGAAAAAUAUUGAAAAAAUCACUAACAAUUUGUCAUUGUGAAACGAAUCCAUUUUGCGAAACUAAACUUUAAAACUUUACAUGUAUAUAAAAUAUCGUGGACUACGCUUGGGUCGGAGAUUAAGGGCUCGUUCCUUUACUCUCUGUGCAGCUUGACUUCUAUUUUUUAUAUAUAUUAGUGAUUGAUUGAAUAUGAUUGCCUGUCUAGUUAGGAUCUUCGUAUUCCAUAACUAACAAGAAGUCAACCAAAGAUCCAUGCAACUGAACUAUUCCAAUGAGCGGAUACGGAAAAUCGACGUGAAAACGCAGCAAAAAUAUUCUCCAAAAAGUAAACUUAGUUUAGGAGUAAAGUAACCAUUAGAAAUCAUAAAAUCCGACACAAGGAUUUCAUCCAAUGUAAGAUGUUCUAUUUUUCUUUAUUACAUUUCAAACAAUUUUCAUUUAUCCAUAACAAAACGCCAAGAACAAAAACGAGUUGGAUUGAUUCAUUCAUUUGGAUUCAAUGAAAAAUAACGCAAUGGACGACGGCAAUGUAGAUAUCAUGGACAAUGCCAACAGAAGAGAGUUAUGUACAGUAAUCUCAAACCAACUCAAACAAAAUUCAUAUAAGUUAGCGCAAUUUUUGCGACUCAUAUUAAAUACAUGUUACGUAAAAAGCAUUCGGAGGAUAUUGAAAUUAAUAGAUUUGUUGCGAAAAGCUAAACCACCAUCCUCUUAUGGUCGAUUGAACAGUUUAAAUUUGAAGAUUAGUUCAGUUUUGUCGAAUGACAAUACAAUGGAAAUUUCAUAUUUAUUAACCAAUGUUACAAGUACGAGACGAGAUACUAAAAAUUUGAUGAGUCGUCACUGCUAUCUGUUUUAUUACCUCAUGGUAAAUAUCAAUGAAUAUGGACAACUAAACAGAAAUAUGUAUAUUGAAGCUAGUAGAGAAAUGGUUAGAAGUAAUGUGACAAGAAAGAAAUACCUUCAUGGAUAUCGUUUAUUUUGUAAUAUAGUAAAAAGUGAUUAUUUUAAAUUAA